AUGCCGCCAGCGCCGAAGACCACGACGACACCGAGAAUCAUCAAGCCGGCGGCCGGACCCAGCCGGAUCGCGUUGCAACGACCGCGACCUGGCUCUCGUCCCAUCGCCGCUGCUCCACGUCCCAGUACGCCAGCCGGACCACAUCCGUUGCCGUCGCAUCCUGCGCGACCGGCGGCCGGCCGGCCGACCGCCCCGGCCGUCGGCUACCGGCCGCAGUUCAGGCCGCCCCCACGUCCGCCCGGUGGACGCAAACGGCGGCCGCCGCGGCCCUCGACGCCGUACACACCGGCGCCGCCGCCACCUAUCACACGGACGCUCUCGUUGGCCGAAGGCAUGACGGUCAAGGAUCUGGCCGACAAGCUGGAACUGAAAGCCAAAGAUGUUCUGAAGAAACUGAUCGAGCGCCGGAUGAUGAUGACCAUCAACACGACGCUGGACACCGAGACCGCCACGAUGGUGGCGCGUGAAUUCGGCGCCGACGUCGAGAUGCGCUCGUUCGAAGAAGAGAUACUGGAAGUCGAGUCCAGCGCGGCCCAGGAAGGCGAUCAGGUCACACGGGCGCCGGUCGUCACUGUCAUGGGGCACGUUGACCACGGCAAGACCACGCUGCUCGACGCCAUCCGUCACUCGCGCGUGGCAGAGCGCGAGGCUGGCGGCAUCACUCAGCACAUUGGCGCGUACAGUGUCGAGAUCAACAACAGGCGCAUCGUCUUCCUCGAUACCCCCGGCCAUGAAGCGUUCACCCUGAUGCGUGCUCGCGGCGCGCGGGUAACCGACAUCGUCGUCCUGGUUGUCGCGGCUGAUGAUGGCGUCAUGCCGCAAACCAGAGAAGCUAUCGAUCACGCGAAGGCCGCCAACGUACCGCUGAUCGUGGCGAUCAACAAGAUUGACAAGGCCAACGCGAACCCGGAACGCGUCAAGACCGAACUUUCGGAAUUGGGCCUGACCCCGGAGGAUUGGGGCGGCCAUACGGUGACCGUCGAGGUAUCGGCCAAGAAGCAGACGAACCUUGAGCUCUUGCUUGAGAUGAUCCUGCUCGUAACCGAGUUGGGAGAACUCAAGGCGAACCCGAAGCGCGGCGCCUUCGGCUCCGUGCUCGAAGCGAAGAUCGACCGUGGACGGGGCCCCAUAGCGACGAUUCUGGUCAAGGACGGCACCCUCCGCAUCGGCGACAAUUUCAUCGCCGGCUCGAUUGUCGGGAAGGUCCGCGCACUGAUCGACGACCGGGGCAACAAGCAGGAGGAGGCGGGGCCGUCAAGCCCGAUCGAAGUGCUCGGCCUGACCGGUUUGCCACAACCGGGCGACACGUUCCAGGUGGUAGCCGACGCAUCCAAAGCGCGCCAGAUCUCGAUGCUGCGACAGAAUCAGGCGAAGCAGAAAUCGCUUGGCGAGAAAGGCGGCCGCCUGACGCUCGAGUCGUUGCAACAGCAGAUCGAUGAGGGUGAGACGAAGGAACUGCCGAUCAUCGUCAAGGCAGAUGUACAAGGCUCGGCUGAGGUACUGGCCGACGCCCUGGGCAAGCUGGGCGACGAGCGGGUAAAGGUGCGGCUCAUCAGCAGCGGGGCCGGCGCCAUCAACGAGGGCGACAUCGUAUUCGCCGCGGCUUCCAACGCCGUCAUCAUCGGCUUCAACGUCAGGCCGGAUCGGAACGCGGCGGCGAUGGCAGAACGCGAGGAGAUCGACAUCCGUCUCCAUCGCAUCAUCUACGACGUGACGGACGAGAUUAAGAAGGCGAUGGCCGGUCUGCUCGAACCGACCGUCAAGGAGAUCCAGGUCGGUGCGGCCGAAGUGCGAGAGGUCUUCAAAGUGCCGAAAUUCGGCGCCGCCGCGGGUUGCCUGGUGACGGAAGGCAAGAUCACCCGCGCUGGCGGGAUCCAGGCCAGGCUGCUGCGCGACCACGUUGUGAUCCAUGAGGGCCGGAUCGGUUCGUUGCGCCGGUUCAAGGACGAUGUCGGCGAGGUGAAGAAUGGUCUCGAUUGCGGGAUCGCCUUCGAGCGCUAUGCCGACAUAAAGGCCGGCGACAUCAUUGAAGUAUUCACCCAGGAAAAGGUGGCCGCCACGGUCUAG